AAAUUCACAACUAACUUACACCCUAUAGAUGACUCAAAACACACGAAAUAAUUUCAACCAGUAGUACUAGUUUAAUUGUUAUUUUAUUAUACAAAAUAAAGCCCAAUAUCUUGUGCUGUUAAUUAAUUAGGUAGUUAGAUAGUUGCUUGCGAAACCAAAUAUUUGGCCAAAUCAUCUUCUUGCGGCCUCAUAUUUUCGACACGUGGAGUUUCCGCACGCGCGGAGCCGUCGACUACCUUCUCUUCCACUCCCUUAUAUUCAUGAAUGAAUAAAUUCUUUCCUCCCAGCCAAAAAUAAACAACCACUUCCACCAUCUCUGCUUUGCUCAUUUUCAGUUUCUUUCGGAAUGGGACGCGAAUGGCGCCGAGGUCCGACGUUAGGCCGCGGCUCGUCGGCCGUCGUGUCGCUCGCCACCGCGAGCUCGUCGGGAGAAGCAUUUGCGGUGAAGUCCGCAGAGCUCAGUCGCUCCGGCCCUCUCCGCAGAGAGCAGAAGAUACUUUCGGGCCUCAGCUCUCCGUACGUCGUCUCCUAUAUCGGAUUCGACAUCACGGAGGAGGAAGCUACUGCCGCGAUCUUUCACUACUACAAUCUAUUCAUCGAGUACGCGCCGGGCGGCUCGCUCUCCGAUGAGAUCAAGAGGCGCGGCGGCCGGCUCGACGAGGAUGCCGUUCGGUCCCGCGCUUGGCAAAUUCUGCGCGGGCUGGCCUACCUCCACGAGCGCGGCGUCGCGCAUUGCGACGUCAAGGGCCAGAAUGUACUGAUCGGGGCCGACGGCCGCGCCAUGAUCGCCGACCUCGGCUGCGCGCGGAGCGUGACCGACGACGACGACGACGACGAUGGAGAUGAUGACGGCGUGACAUACGGAUGCAGUAGAAUUCGAUUGAGGGGGACACCGAUGUUCAUGGCUCCGGAAGUCGCGAGGGGGGACGAGCAGGGGACGGCGGCGGCCGAUGUCUGGGCCCUCGGGUGCACCGUCAUCGAGAUGGCCACCGGGGGAGCGCCGUGGCCCGAUCUCUCCGACCCGAUCGCCGCACUCCAUCACAUUGCGUUCUCCUCCGACGUGCCCGAAUUCCCCUGGUGGAUGUCGGAGGAGGGGAAGGAUUUCUUGAGCCGGUGCCUGCGGAGAGAUCCCGAGGAGCGGUGGACGGCGGAGCAGCUCCUCCAGCACCCGUUCGUCUCGUCGCAGUCGAUAAGAUGCGGAGGAAACGAUCACUGUCUCUGGGAGUCUCCGAAGAGCACCCUGGAUCAGGGGUUCUGGGCGACAUUGGAGGAAGAGGAUUCCGAAGAAUUUGAGAUUGCAAAUACAGAACAAAUACCGAUUCCUACAAUUGAUAUCAGGGCAGACAUCAAUUCUGUAAUGCCGGCAAAGAGCCCGUCUAAUAAUUCGAUAUCAGAGAGGCUUCGUGGAUUGGGAGGCGGGGAGAUCUCCGGUCCCGACUGGGCGUGGGACGACGACUGGGCGACGGUGAGAACGGUCGACUGUCGGGAAAUCGCAAUCGACGUUAAAGCAGAGGAGGAUGUAAGGAGUAUCAGUACUAGUGGGUGUGAUGAGGAGUACAUGUUUAGUGUUAAUAGUACAUGUUUAGUGUUAAUCACAUUUGGAAUGAGGAGGAUUUGUGCCACGGCCCACACGGCUGUGAUGUUGCAAGAGAGAAUGGUUGUGUAGAAAGAGAUGGUAGGAGAUUGAGAUUGUUUAGCUGCAAAAGAGCUCUGCUUUUGUAACGCUAAUUAACUGUAAAUUAGCACGGUUAUUAGAUUAGAUUAGAUUACUUUUUUAGAAAAA